AUGAAUUAAAUAUAAUAUGACGAUGACGAUAAAAGUAGUCUUGAAAAAAUGCAAGAUUCACUCAAAUUUGUCAUUUUUGAAAUUUUAUAUCAUUUAAUAAAUUAAGGAGAUUCAUUUUCAUUUAUAAUAUAUGUAAUAUUUAUAUUUAUAGAGACAUUUUAAAUAUUUUUUUGGUAUUUUACAACUGAUGUAAUAAAAUAAAAUAACUAAAAUUAAAAUUAAUAUAAAAUUUAGAUAAAAGAUCUUUGGAUUAUAGUUAAUUUAGCAAAUAGUCUUGAAAAAUUUUUUGGAUAUUUUUUAAUAGUCCCAUAGUGUACUUCUUUUGAUUAAUUAGUAGUUGCAAUUUAUGCUAUUAUUGGUAUUUUCAGUUUAAUGCUAUUCUUAAUAUUAUAUGUUUCUUGUAAAAUUAAAAAUGGAAUUACCGGUUUAUCUGGAGCCAUAUCUAUCAUAAAAGUAUUUUCUUAAAGAUAAUUUUUAAAUAUAUUUUAUAAAAAUUAGAUUUUCUGCUAAAUAAUUUUACCUAUUUUAUAUCUACCGUUUUUCGAUUUAUUUUUAAGUAUAAUGAGGUGUAAACCAAAUGAUUAAGGAUAAUAUAUGCAUAAAAUAUUUGUGGAAGUAUAAUGUUAUUAAGGUAAUAAUCUGUUACAUUCAUUUUUCGCAGGCGUUGCUGCCUUAUUACUGUUUUUUGUUACAUAUUUAGCAACUAUCACUAAUUUUGAAUCUAGAUAUAUAUCAAACAGAAUAAUAAUAAAGUAAAAUAAAAAAUAAAUAACUAUAUUUUUAUAUUUUAAAAGAUUAUCAGGAAGAGAUGAUAUAAAGAUGAUGAUUUUUAAGACAUUUUUAGUAUUAGGGUUUACUUAUUUAGAUACAAGUGAUUUACUCAUUUUAAUACUAAUUUCAAUAACUGCAAAUUCAAUGAAUAUAUUUUUAGCUUUUAAUAAAUCCUCAAAUAUUUUAAAUUAUAUGUACAAUAAAGUAACUAAUUCUUAAGCUGCAGUAAUUUUUUGGACUACAUUAAUUACUAUUUUUGGUUAAAUUAUGGUUUUUACUGAUUUCAAAGGUGUGGCUUAUAUUUGGUUUAUAGGAAUUCCUUUUCUCAUUUCAAUUGUUUUUUUGAGAAGAGAAUAUAGAUAUGAUCUUAUGAUGGUCGAUUCAAAUAAAUUUGAUUCUUUAAAUUAAGCUAUUUCUUAGAUUUUAUAUUUGACCAGAUGCCUUAAUUACUAUAAUUCGGAUAGAAAUAUUGCUGCUAUAUUAGAUGGAUUUGUAGACUAUCAUAGAACUAUAUGUAAUAGAGAAGAUUGUCCAUGCUAAUAAAAAAACAUGAACUAAAAAAAAAUAAAAAAAUUUAUUAAAAAUGCUAAGGCAGGAUAAUUUGAUGAUGAAAUAAAAGAUAAAUUUGUAGUUUUAGUUUAUUUAAUUGAACGUAUCUUUGUUUUAGCAUUAACAAAAUUUCCAGGUUGUACAUAAUUACGUGUAAAUCAUGCACUUUUUUUAUUAGAUAAAAUGAAGAGUGCCUAAUAAGCUUUAUAAGAACUUGAACUUGCAUAAGAAGAAAGACCUUAUUUAGAUGAAUAAUUUUAAAUUUUUAGAUAUAAGAAAUUAAUCGAAGAUAAUAUGAUGGAAGCAAGAAAAAAUACAGUUUCAAAUAAAAAUAAUAAUGAAAAUGUAAAUGAAAUAACAUCUGAUAGCGGAAAUAAAGAACUUAUUAAUAAUAUUGAAUAGUCAACUGCCCUUCAUAUGGAUUUUUGGUCUUAAUUAUCUGAAGAUACGCCUGAUUUAUGUAGGGUUUAUGAAAUUGGAACGAAACUUAAUUACUAUAAUUAACUUGUUAAAGAUAGUUGGAAAAAAUAAAAUAGAAUAAAUUCUGAUAUUUCACCUAAUUUAUUAAGAACAUAUGCUAGAUAUCUUCUUGAUGUUUUAAAUGAUAAAGAAUAAGCUUUUGAAGUCAUUUAGAAGUAUUAUAAUCCUUAGAUAUUAAAAACAUCAUAAGGAGGAAAUAUUGAUAGAAGUAAAACUACGAAUAAUAUUAAUGAUUUUUAAAAUGAAUCAACUGGAUUAAUAUCUAUUUCUGCAGAAGAUGUAUCAUUUGCAAGGAUAUCAGCAUUAAAUUAAACUGCUGCCAUGUAUUUUGGGUAUUCAAAAUCUGAACUCAUAAAUCGAAAAAUCAAUCAUAUAAUGCCUUAAUAAUGGGCUGAAUAACAUGAUUCUUUUAUAGAAGAUUAUUUACAUCAUUUAGAAUCUAAAGUAUUAAAUAAGGAAAGGCUUUUGUUUGGAAAAUAAAAAAAUGGUUAUAUUUUUCCUAGUUAUAUGUACAUAAGAUAUGUUCCAAGCUAUUUGCACGGAACCUAAUUUAUAGCAACUGUAAGAAUAGAAAAAUAUUUUAAAUUAGUAGCUUAUAUGACUACAAAUAAAUCUGAUUUAGAAAUUACAAAUAUAACACCAAAUUGUAUAAGCCUUUUUGAAUUAAGUUUAGGGAUACUAAAUAAAAAAAAACCUUCUAUAAUUGAUUUAAUUCCAGAAUUUAAUGAAUUAUUACCUCUAUUAAAAUAAAAAGGAGGACAUAAUAUAUAAUUAACUGCAACUCUAAACCAAGCAUAAAACUUUAAUAUUUAAGUAAAGGAAAUAUCAUUUAGAGGAAACAAAGUUAUAUUAGGAUACGAAAUUCGUUUUGAGAAAAUAAUAAAGGAUACUCCAAAUAUGUUUGAAACAAAUGAAGAAAAUUAACAAAAUACUAAUUAGUUAAGUUCAGCAAGAGCUAAAAAAAAUAAUAUUAGUUCCAUUUAAUAUAAACUUAUUUUUAGAUACGAUUAUGAAAACCAUUAAUUUAAUGGAGAAAAUACUGCUAAUAUUUAGAUGUGCAAAGUCGAUAAUUCUCUUUUAUAUCAAAAUAAUACAUAAAUAGAUUCAAAAAAUAUUGAUAUCGCUAUGAAUUUCUCUACACACCAAAUAGAUCAAUCGAAUAGAGAAAAAGAUUUUAUUGAAGAAUAAAAUGCUUAAAAAUUAUAAGUUGAUUAUGGAAAAGGUAUCCGUGCAGUAAGAUUAAUAAGAAAUUAAUUAGUUGAUGUUGAAGAUAUGAAAAGAGAUGAGUAAGAUGGAGAGGAAGAAGAAGAAGAAUAAGGAUAAUAGUUUGAAUAAUGUAAAUAAUAAGUUAGCUAACUGGAAUAUAAUGAAAGCGAAUCUGCAGAAACAAAUGUGUUUAAGAAUAAGUAGAAAUUAGUUUAAAUUCUAAAUGAAAAUAAAUCAAAUUCUAAUGGUAGUUUAGAAAUUUUUAAAUGGUCAGGAGUAGUAAUAUUAUUAAUUUUAGGAAUUAUUGCAAUUAUUAAUUAUAUUUCAACCUAAAAUUAAUUUAAUUUAAUGUAUUCAUGUUAUGAUUUGGUUGCUAAAAGUAAUAUCAGAUAAUCAUUAGUAUAAAGAAUUCUUUUUAAAUUAUAUAAUUACAGAUUAGUAAAUUAUGGUUUAUAUCCUGUUUUUGGUGAUACUUUAUCUAUUGAUUAAAGUGAUUUAGAUAACUCAAUAUAAGAAUUAUAAUAAAUUUAGCAAGAACUUUUUUAAUCUUCAAACUCAAUGCAGGCAGACUAAAUAAGCUUAUAUUCUGAACAAACAGUAAUUAUAAAAUCAAGUUAGUAGGGAGAAGUAAAGGAAUUAAAAGUCGACAUUAAUUAAGCUACUCUAUAGUUUAUAUCUGCAAGUUUAAACCUUAGAAGUGGCUAAAUAGAUAGUUAUGUCAAUAAUAAUUAAAUGUAUUUUAUUGAAUAUAACGCUUUAAAUGAAUAUUAUUUAGCUUUAAAAUAAUCGGCUAAUUAUUAUGUAGAAGAUUUAGUUGAUUACAUACAAUCAAAAAGUGAAACUUAUAUUACUUAUUUAAUUAUUUCUAUUAUUUUUUGUGUACUUAGUUUCUGUUUUAUCACUCCUAUUUUUUCUUUUGUGAGUAAAAAUUAAGAAACUGUUCUUAAAUUAUUCUUAGAAAUUCCUGUUGCUUAAAUAAAGUAAUUUUAUUCUAAGUGUGAGUAAUUUUAAAAUGGAAUGUAAUUAGGAGAAGAUGAUAAUGUUAGUGAAUUAGAUGAAAUUAUUUAAGAAGAAGAGGAUAGUGUAGAAGGUAUUAGUAGAAAAAGAAAAAAAAGAAAAUUCAAAUGGGAAAGUAUUGAUAAAAGAAAUUUCAUUAUAAAAUUUUUAUUAAGUCUUAUUUUAUUAGAAGGUUAUUUUAUUGCUACAUAUUUUGUUAGUACUUCUUUAUAAAAUUCACUAGCAUCUAUUGUUAGUGAGAUGAACUCUACAUGCUAAUCUGAAUCUUAUUAUACGUUUGCUAAUAAUGCUUUGAGAAAAACAUUUCUUGAUUAAGAAUUUAGUAUAACUGCUUAAAAGCCUGAAUUCACUAUUAAUAACAUAAUGAUGAAUUUAAAUGAAAUUAAUACUAAUAUGCAUACUGAACAUGCUAAGAAUAUAGUAUAUCAUACAAGUACAUAUAAUAGCUAUUUUGAAUCUGUUAAUGAUUUAAAUGCUUGUAUUAUUAUUCAAGAAUUAUUGGUAAAAAAGCAAGCAGAUUGUGAAGCUUUUGCUAAUUCUAUUAUAAAAGAAGGUCUAGGAUUAGCUAUUAUUAGACAUUUUGAAAAUAUUAGAUACGUUAUAACUCUUUAUAAUAAUUUCUUGAAAGAUCCAAAUGCAGAGUUUCCAGCAGAAGAAAACAUUGUUUUAGCCUAAAAAUAAAUGAAAUGUAAGAUGAUUAUGCAAGAAAUUUACUAAAGGCUUUAGUGA